GUCUCACUGAGAGAGAAUAUCUUCCGCCAACUCAAACGCUGCGUUUUGUUGCUGGAAAGCUUCAUAGGAUGGCUAAUGUAGAGAAGAGUUUCCAGAGUUUCAGAACGUUGUUAGUUGUAGCUUCUAUAACUUUUCCCAUGUUGAUAAUAUUUUAUGUCACACACCAAAAUUCAAUCUUUGAUAUCUUUCAAGGAAUCCAGAAUAAUACUACUAAUAUUUGCGACUCAGUUGCAAGUGCAAAGAAUAAUACAUUUGAAGAUGAGAAGAAUGAUGAGAAGUUGUUUGGUGGACUUUUAGUUUCUUCAUUUGAUGAAUCAUCAUGCGUUAGUAGGUUUCGGUCUUAUUUGUAUCGAAAAACUUCUCCUUAUAAACCUUCUGAAUAUUUGAUAUUCAAGCUACGAAACUAUGAAAAUCUUCAUCGAAAUUGUGGACCAUAUACUAAGUCCUACAAUGAAAGCAUGAAAGAUGGUGCAAACUUUAGCAAAAAUGGUGUUGAUUCGAAGUGCAAAUAUCUUAUCUGGACAGCUAUAGAAGGCUUGGGGAACAGGAUGAUAUCCUUGGUUUCGACAUUUCUUUAUGCAAUCUUCACAGAUCGUGUUCUUCUUGUUAGAUUUGACAAUGACAUGAUGGAUCUCUUUUGCGAGCCAUUUCCAGAUUCAUCAUGGUUGUUGCCCAAGAAUUCUACUUAUUGGAAUGAUUUGAGACAAUUUAAAACAUGGGAAAGCAUGUUUGUGAAUAACAAUGGAAACGAUCCGUUGACAGCUCUUUAUCUUGAUUUGAUGAACAACAAUGUUCGUGUUACUAAUCGUUUUCAUUGUGAUCAAAAUCAGGUUCUUCUACAAAAUAUUCCCGUGUUGAUUUUACGAUCAAAUGAGUAUUUUGCCCCUUCUCUUUAUUUGACAUACUCGUUUAGACAAGACUUCAACAGAAUGUUUCCCGACAAAGACACUACUUUUCACCUUCUAGGACGCUAUCUUUUCCACCCAUCAAAUGUAGUAUGGGAACGAAUUCAGAAUGUAUAUGAAGCACACCUAGCCAAGGAAAAUGAAAGAAUUGGGUUGCAGAUUAGGAUAUAUAAUACCCGUCAAACCCCAGAAGAAACAAUAGUCAAUGAAACUAUAUCUUGCCUCCAACAAAAUACAUUGUUGCCAAAAUUGGACAUGCAAAACUCAAUGAAUCCUCCUUUGGAAAAGAAUACCUCAAAAGUUGUUCUAGUGGUAUCUUUAUACUCAAAAUAUGGUGAAAGACUAAAGAGUAUAUAUGAAAGUAAUACAAGUUCAAGUGAGGAAGUAAUAAAAGUGUAUCAACCAAGUCAUGAAGAGCAUCAAAAUUCAGGUGAUAACAUGCACAACAUAAAGGCAUGGAGUGAAAUAUAUUUGUUGGGUUUGUGUGAUGCAUUGGUUACAAGCCCUACAUCCACUUUUGGGUAUGUUGCUCAUAGUCUUGGAGGAAUGAAACCAUUGGUUUUGCAAAGUAUUUCUGGGAGAAGUAUUCCAAAUGUACCUUGUCAACGACUCAAGUAUAUGGAACCUUGUUUUCAUGAUCCUCCUAAUUUUGAUUGUAUGGCCAAUACCACAGUUGAUUUUACUUCUAUUUUUCCUAAUAUUAGACGUUGUGAAGAUCAAAGAAGAGGAAUGAAAAUAAUUAACACUUAAAACUAGUCUUUUUUAUUUUA